AUGCUCGCCGCGAGCGGCUCGCGCCUCGCCGCGCGCGCGCUCUGCGGCGCGCGAGGGACGCUGGUUCGCCCGUUCCACGCGUCGUCCACGGUCGCGGAUCUGCGCACGGACGGCGGCGGCGAGGCGGAGGACUUCAUCGACGUCCACCUCGACAAAGCGUCCAGGGACGGCGCGAGGAAAGGCGCGUCGAUCACGCCACACCAGCUCCUCACGACCAAACGCGAGGCGCUGUCGCUGUACCGCGCGGUGUGGCGCGCGUCCUUCUUGUUCGUGUGGAAGAACGAGAAGGGCGAGGACUGGAAGACCCUCAUACGCGAGAGCGCGAGGAAAGAGUUCGAGGCUGGCAGGCACGAGACGGACCCGGAGAUGAUCAACAAGCUCCUGCUCACGGGGCGGGACUACCUCGAUCAGGCGAUGCAGAAGUUCCACGACAAGAGGCAGGCGAUCAUCGACGAGGAGAACAAGAAAAGGGGGGCGGGACGGUAG